AUGGCUGAUUUUCAGGUUGAGCGUGCUUUUCAAAAGCAACCAACGAUUUUUCUCAACAAGAAGGGAACCGGCAAAGCCGCUAAAGUGCAGAGGUACUACAAAAAUGUCGGACUUGGAUUUAAAACUCCUCGCGAGGCCAUAGAGGGCCACUACAUUGACAAGAAGUGUCCAUUUACUGGUAAUGUUUUCAUCAGAGGAAGAAUCUUGACAGGUGUCGUCUUGAAGAUGAAGAUGCAAAGGACUAUUGUCAUCCGAAGAGACUAUCUGCAUUACGUCAGCAAGUAUGAGCGUUUUGAGAAACGUCACAAAAAUCUUUCUGUCCAUUUGAGUCCUUGCUUCAGGGAUGUACAAAUCGGCGACAUAGUUACUGUCGGUGAAUGUAGGCCUCUGAGCAAAACUGUCAGGUUCAAUGUCAUCAAAGUCACCAAAGGAACUGGUUCAUCUAAAAAAGCUUUUGCUAAAUUUUAA